UCAGCCUUGCCUGGCGAACCUGUUCUUAUAAAAGGGACAUGUGAUUGAGGGUUCGAAGACACACAACAGGACUUCAAGAUGCACGUGUGUUUAGUGACAGUGCAGCCUCCAUAGACUAACAGCUACAAUUUCUUAAGUCAUUAGGACCCACCCACUAGCCAUGCAGUUUCCUGCUAUCCCUGGAAUCCAAGUGUCCACCCCUGUGUAUGGUAAGAGCAAUCGACUGCAGCAGCAGCAGCACACGCCACUGUCCCACAAGCUGAGCUGCGUCUGAUCCCAGUCCUCUACUCAAGACAGCCCCAGCAUGGAGAGCCCCUUGAGUGCAGAAUCAGCUCCCCCAACCCCAGCUCCCAGAAACGAUACUCCUUCUCCAAGUCCCAGAGCUGAGGCCCAAGAGUUGAGAAUGGAGGAGAAAGAGAGAACAGCGGACACAGAGGAGGACCCUACAUAUCUGUCUCUGUUAUCAGAGGUGUCCGUGCUUGUGGAGGAGCCAGCAGAGGAUGCAUCAGAGAAGGCUGAGGAGAGGGCUGAGAGAGAGGCUCAGAGGCAGCUCCUGGCCACAGAGGAGCUGAUCUACACAGAGAGGAACUACCUGAGACUCCUUCAGGUCUGCACCUGCACCAUCAGGAGCAACCUGCAGAAACUCCAGCCACAGCUGACUAACUUGGACAGCAUGUUCCUGUACAUAGAGGAGGUGAUCGACGUGUCAGGGCGCCUCCUUAACCUCCUGGACCAGAAGCAGUUGACACCCCAUGAUCCUCUCUUCCUGGAGACUCUAUGUGAUGCCUUCCUCAGUCUAUCAACAGACAUGGAGUCGGCAUACAAGGAGUACCUGGCCAACUACAACACCGUCACAGCGUUAGAGAACAGCUACAAGCAGAAAGAUGCCCUGUGGACUGAGAUAGUGAAAGUCAUCAAGUCCUCAGCGCCAGAUGUGAAUGCCACCUCUCUGAGCUUCUUCCUGGUGAUGCCAGUCCAGAGGAUCGCCCGCUACCCUCUUCUCCUCCAGACCGUCAUGAAACACACAGAGCCUGGGCACCCAGCCUAUUCUCUUCUGGAGCAGACUGCCCGCACCGCCAUAGCCCUCAACUGCAGGAUCAAUGAGUACAAACGCUUCAGGGAAGUAGCCGACAAAUACAAGAAGACGGAAAUCCUGACGAUAAGGGAUAAGAUGAAUCGUCUGAACAGCCACAGCAUCGCAAAGAAGACGGCCAGACUGAGUCAGUUCAUCAAACAUGAGACGGGGAUUGCACCAAAGCUGGUAGAUGAGGAGUUUGAUGCCUUGGAGGGAUUUUUCUAUCUCCUUGAAAAUGGUAUCACCGUGCUACAUGAAAAUGUGGAGACAUAUCUAGACCAUCUACAGAGGUUUCUUAGCUGUCGACCGGAGGAGUUUGAUCUUGGCAUGGAUGGUGAGAAGCCUGCUAUAUACUACAAAGAAAUCAUAACAGCACUGAGACAAUGGAUACUUCCUACAUGUGAGAAGAGGAUGAGGACUUUGGUCCACAAGCCCCUCUGUGCCCUGAGAGAGCUCCUGGCGGGGCCUCGUAACCUGAUCAGUAAGCGUCUGGACAAGCUGCUGGACUACGAGCUGAUCGAAGAGAAGCCCAGUCUGAGCUACGAUGAGCAGGCGGUGGCUAACACCUAUAAGACCAUCAACACCCUGCUCCUCAACGAGCUUCCCCAGUUCAACGGCCUGGCCCUCACCCUGCUCUGGGGCAUGCUGGGGGCUUUCAGCUGCCUGCACAAGGACCUGGCUGCAGACAUGGAGCAGCUCUUCCAGGGCUUCACCCAACAGCUCCCUCACGGUUCCCUGGAGCCGAAUGCAUUCUGGGAGUGGGCGGAGUGUUCGGUGCUGGAGGGUGCGAGGAGGCUGGAGAGCCUGUGUUGGAAUGUGAAGGACCAACUCAAUGCUCCCAUUGUCCGGCCUCUCAGCCCUGGCUCUCAGAGGCGUCUGAAGGUCCUGACAGACAAGCACGGCUCAGGGAAGAUCUACCAGCUGACGGGUCAUGUGGUGGGGACCAGAGACCUGGACCUGAGCCUGAACAGAGGAGAGCUGGUGGCCAUCAUCAGUGAGAUGGACACACGGGGGGACAAACGACGCUGGCUGGUCGACGCUGGGGGUCCAAGAGGAUACGUCCCCUCCUCCAAGCUGGUACGUUACCACCAGGUAACCAUGGACCCUCCCCCAUCCCCUCAUCUGAUCACUACCAUGGAUCAAGCUGGGGGAGUCAGACGACACUCCUGCACGCCUGACCUCAUGCGACCCUCCUACACCCCUGAUACACCCCAGCCCCGGCUCGUGAGGACUAUGUCGAUGACAGUUCCCUGUCUCCAGGUGCUCGCAGGCUAUGACUUCAUGGCGAGGAGCAGUCACGAGGUCUCUCUGAGGGUGGGGGAACCAAUCAGAGUCCUGGAACCCCAUGACAAGAAGGGUAGCUGUGACUGGAGCCUGGUGGAGGUGCGGGGGCAGAGGGGGUACGUGCCCUCCAACUACCUGACAGUGCUGCCCACAUCCACGACGCCCACCGCCCCCUACCACUAGGGGUGCCCGGGUAACCAGCCACCAGCCGGUCUGAGCUAGACACUGCCACUCAACUCUUCACUGCCACACAGCUCAUCUUAGCAGGGGAAGCCUACAUCCACAGGAGAGAGAGAGAGAGAGAGAGAAGGAGAGUUUGUGUGCUGUUGAUUGAUUGGAUCACAGAUUUGUGUGUGAAGUGGCGAGGCUGGCAUUUGCAGGUAAAGUGCUCCAAGCCCUCAACUGCAGCUCUUAUUAGAAGCAUGUAAGUGGGAGGCCGCUUCCAUCACCAGGAACCAGGGGUGCAAUGCUGCUUUUUCCCUGGAGAGACUGACUGACAGGCAGGUAGGAAUGCCUCAGCACAGCAUGAUGAUAGAGGAGAGCAGGCAGUCCAUCAAGCUUAUCUGUCUGUCUGGAGUUCUCACUCUCACUCACUCACUCUUACACACACACACACACGCUACGUAGUCUGGGCGCUGGCAGUUAAACAGAUGGAAAUAUGUACAAACUCCAUUUUGAUGUACCACUAGCACUGUCAGGUGACUUGGCCACUGACAUUGUGAGUAAUGCAGUUUUUGCUCAGGCAAAAUCGUUUUCUGAUUUCUAGGAAGAAUAAGGUCGGCAAACCUUAAUGCUAGAUUGUAUGAUCAAAUAAGGAGAGAAAGUGGAUAAGAGAACUUGUUCAAAUGGAUGAAGCGGAGCUAGUUUGAUUCCAGACAUGAAAUGGCAGCAAAGGUGUGUUACUAAAGCAAUGACAUCAUUAGGUUGAUAUGGCUUUAAUAAGACAGUUGUUGUACUGCAGCUAGCGGGGCCUUCUCAUUUGUCCAAAUAGGAGGGCAGAGUGAGAAGACCAGACAUUACCUUGUGCUGCAUCUGGGCUGACUGGUCUAGACAGACAUAACUGUCUUCUCUCAGCAAGCCACAAGGGGGCGCACCACACCAGUGCUCACCCAACAGAUGUCUGUAGGCUUUACCUUUAGCCUCUUCAUUAUUAGCUCAGUCGACAGUGACAUUAAUCUUCUGGUGGAUGUCACACAACCUAAACAUGUUUAUAUCUUACCGGUGUGGUCAUAUCAUUCCUUUCACUGUCAAUAUCUGCUGCAUAAUAUGAUCUAAAGUGAAUGUUCUCUCUGUAAGCCCACUGUCAAGGUAUAGAUGUCAUGUUUUUAAUUUAAUUUUGAUUUAUUUCAUUGAUUUAACACAGCAGGACCGUGCGUCAGGCUUUUUAUAGUAUCUUCUGAUGAUAUGAAGGAAGAAAUCGCUCAGUUUGCAAGGGAGCACGGCUCUUUCAGUGCAGCAGUGUCAUUGUUAUGCAGAUUGGUGCAGAGUAGUCACUGUGCCCUGGGUAAUACAGCACUCAAGCUGGGUAUGCAGCUCUUCAGAUAGUCACCUCUAUUUUACCAUGUUGACUUAGAACAGGAUUUGUAUUAGGGUCUAAGAUGGUGCAGUUUCUGAAUUUUAGAUAUCAUUUAAGGAAAGGCCACGUAGAUAGUGGUGGUCUAUAUGAGAGUUAUGAUAACAGAGCUUUCACUAUGUUAGCAACCGAAUGGAGAGUAAUCACGUGUAAUGGAUGUCAGGGCUUUUAAUGUUGUACUUAACCAAACGAUGCUACUGAGUGACAUGUGUCGUCCUCCAUAUGACAUUUAAACGUGUGGCGUAUUCUGUGUUUGUGGUCGUCACUACCUCAGCUAAGGACGGGUUGUCCAGGGAUGUGAUGCAGUGACUCCCUGCAGCUACCGCUAACUCUAGCAUGACAGAACCCUACGCAGCUCUAAAAAUAAACGUUCUCUCAUUCAAUAGUUCUAUAAAUAGCCCACUGUCUGUACAGGAUCUUCUGUUGGACCCUUGGCCUCCCCCCACUGGUCACUGUUGGAACAGCAGUUUAACUCCAGCUACCUCUUUUGGGUGGUACAUCGCAUAUCAGCUACUGCAAUACUACCUCUACAGUGUUUCUGGGCUGCUGCUGGCAUAAUGCCAUAAGGGAGUAUACAGAAAGCAAUUAGAUUGGUUUUACUCUCUGUCUUAGAUAAUUUGGCUCCUGAUUAUGAGGGUAUUCCAGUGCUUUAAGCAGGCAGGGCUGAAUCAAGGCGUCCAUGUUGUUUCUGUCAAGGCGUCCAUGUUGUUUCUGUCAGAAUGUAGAACAGCGGCUGCACAAUAACAAUGUCUAUCUGGCUGCAGCCUCAUAUUUAUGUGCUGGGCAGAAUUUAUUGUACAAUCAAGGGGGGCUAUAUUACGGCAGUCAAGGGAGAGAGCAUCUGUGUGCCGGGGGGCAUUUUUCCUGGAAGAGUCCACCUCCCAAUUUGGGAGGAAGAGUUGAAUCCCAUUGAAUGUGAUGGGGGCUGAUGCAUCCAAGCCGCACUGGGCUGGCCACAGAAAUGGCAGCAGUUAAAGCAGGGCUGUAUUUGGUAACAAUUUGGCAACGCUCCUGAUGCCGAUGCUUCUUUAAGGCCCUGUCAGCUGAUCUCUCUGGCACAACCAAUUUAGUUUUAACAAUAGCUCAUCCCCUGUACUGCUGGACUAGAAGGGGAAAGUCUCCCCUGGCUUGUAGCAAAUGUCUGGGGUUUAGAAGGUAGUGGUGAGACAGGGUAGGGAGGCACGUGACACUCUGCCCCAAUGCAGCCAGGAAGCCCCUUUCUCCUGAUGUUCCCCUCGGGGACCUCGGGAGAGAGCCACUGACAUGGUGCAAUCACCUCACCGUCCACUGGCUAACUGUGUGUCAGUCAGUCGAGGGACAGAGCGGGUGUGAGCCACGGCAGUCAAGCUGAGCAGAUCUCCUAGUCAGGGGGAUAGACUAGGCAAAUCAAAUCACAAAAAUCCACAACAUCAGUACAUUGCUUUCUCCUUCCAGACCCUCUGAAUAAGACAUGCAUAGAGAUGGAAUACUGACACAUACACUGCCAUUCUGUAAGAGAUGCAGUUCACCAGGUUCCCUUAAACUUGAUAUAAUUUAAUCCAUAAUUUUGCUACACAUUGACUUGAAACUUAAUUCGUUAUGCCUUUUGCAUUUGAAGGAAGUUAUUUGGCCUGCAAUAGACUAGCGUCUUGUCCAGAGAGUGUACUUCUACAUCAAGCUGCUGCACGCUACAGAAAGAGGAGACACAACGGUCCAUAGGGCAGGAGCCUGUCUUCAACAGGGCCACUUAAGUGACAUUUCUAAAGGAAUUGCUUUGAUGUUCUAUAACUCCAUGCUUUCAAUUGGCCAAACAUUUUGUAACCAUAGAGUAGUCAAGGAUUGUUUACAUGUUGAUCUGCCCUGUGCAGUAUAGGGCAGUUCCCUUUCCCUUAGUGGAAAUCACACUGACCCCUGUGUGUGGUGACAGUUGGACAGAAUGGUCUGGGGUCCAAUCAGACUGAAGGAGGGGCCCAGGCAAGAGUGGAGAUUUGAGUGCCAGCUGGAUAUGGGGGUAAAGAGGGAGGCUUCCUUUGGGCCUCAGUGAGGAGUCUAAUUGUAGGGUGACUGUGUUGAUCAUAGACUCUGUGUUCUAACCCAGAGUUCAGACAAUCUGCUGUAACCUACAGUCUCAGGGGCCACACCCCCUCCCUCCUGACUUUUCCUAAAAUGAUGGCUAACUCUGACUCCAUGGCCUCCUCUCUUUCUCUCUCACUAUCUGCGAAAUGUGGCACUGAGAUGCCACUUUUUUUUUAUUUAAACCCUAAGAUAUGCAGGAAUGGACUGUCAUGGCUACUGGCCAGCAUUUGACCCGCAUGGUGGACAGGCAGCCGCUCAAGGUCUGUCUUGUUUUUCAACAGGGAGGACACGGCACUACCUCUCCAAUUAUGUGAAGAGCCUGACUGUGUUUUGAAACAGCCAGGCAGGCGGUCCAUACGUAAGCUCUAGAGCCCGCUCCCUACUCUCUCUCCCCCCUCUCCCUACUCCCUAGAGCUCCCUCGCUCUCUCCCUUCUCUCUAAUCCUCUCCCUACUCGCUAGCGCUCUCUAGAGCUCUCUAAUCCUCUCCCUACUCUCUAAUCCUCUCCCUACUCUCUAAUCCUCUCCCUACUCUCUAGAGCUCUCUAAUCCUC